CCUUUAGCUUGACCAAAAGGAUCCUCUAUUUAUGCUGCUCCCCCUUCGUUCUUUUGCCAAUUUCUCUCAAAAAUGGCUAUUUCCAUCACUCUAACGCUAAACAUUGGUAUAUUACUGUUAUGGGGAUUGAAAGCUUCAUCUUCUUCUGCGUGCAAUUUUCCAGCGGUGUUCAACUUUGGGGAUUCUAAUUCGGAUACUGGCGGUCUGUCUUCAGCGUUCGGCCCAGCACCACCGCCCAACGGUGAGACAUUCUUUGGAAAACCGGCAGGGAGAUACUCGGACGGCCGCCUCAUCAUUGACUUCAUAGCCAACGGCGUCGGCCUGCCAUAUUUGAGUGCUUAUCUGAACUCCAUUGGGGCUAAUUUCUCUCAUGGAGCCAACUUUGCAACAGCAGGAUCAACUAUCAGACGACAAAACACAACUUUAUUUCAGAGUGGUUUCAGUCCCUUCUCACUUGAUGUGCAGACGUGGCAGUUCUCUCAGUUCAAAUCCAGAUCUCUAUUAGUCUACAAACAAGGAGGAGUUUUCCAAGAUUUGUUGCCAAAAGAAGAUUAUUUCUCCCGGGCACUAUACACAUUUGAUAUAGGCCAGAACGACCUUACAUCAGGAUACUUCUCCAACAUGAGCGCAGAAGAGGUUAAAGCAACUAUCCCAGACAUCCUCAACAAGUUCACAAUUGCCAUACAGAGUAUUUAUGGUGAAGGAGGAAGAUACUUUUGGAUACACAACACCGGUCCCUUUGGUUGCCUCCCCUAUGUUUUGGAUCGUAUCCCUAUUUUAGCAUCUCAGGUCGAUAGAGCUGGUUGCGGAGCUCCUUUCAACGAGAUGGCCCAACUUUUCAAUGAAAAGCUCAAGAAAACUGUAGAUCAACUCAGAGAGCAACUGCCUCUUGCAGUAUUUACAUAUGUAGAUGUCUACUCUGUCAAAUACUCGCUCGUGAGCCAACCAAGGAAAUUUGGGUUUGGACACCCCCUUGUAGCUUGUUGCGGACACGGAGGAAAGUACAACUAUAACAUUCACGCUGGUUGCGGAAAGACAAUCACGGUAAAUGGAACACAACAGCUGCUUGGAAAAUCUUGUGGAAAACCUUUAACUCGGGUUAAUUGGGAUGGAGUCCAUUACACAGAGGCUGCUAACAAAUUUGUGUUUGAUCAGAUAUCCGAGGGCGCCUUCUCUGAUCCAACUAUUCCAUUGACAAUGGCAUGUAACAAGCACAGAUGAUUUAACUAAUAUGAUUCUGGCAUUGACUUUUGCUAAUGAAUAAUUUACUUUCCUCCGGUAAAUUA